CGGGGGGGGCGCGCCCCGCCGCCGCCGCCGCCGCCGCCGCCGCCGGGAGGGCGAGCCCCGCGGGAGCGAGCGCUUCAUGCCGCCCACCGGCGUCGAGUCCUCCAGGAUGAACAGGAAGAAGGGAGACAAGGGCUUCGAGAGCCCGCGGCCCCGGACCUUCCCCUUCCCGGGCUUGGCUUGCACCGUUUCCGUGAGUGACGAUGGGUCUGGGGGAGCCAGGGGGGGGGAAGCAGAGCCCACCCCAGAGGACGGGACGUCUGCAGAGAGGCGACGUUUUGAUGAAUGUAUGUAUUUAUUUGUUGCAGAGUUAAAGGUUCUGAAGAUACAACAAUUUUCUUUGGAUCAGCCGAAAGGGGGUCUUCAUUUUGUGGUACCCAGUGUAGAGGGAAGUAUGGCAGAGAGAGGUGCUCAUGUCUUCUCUUGUGGAUAUCAGAAUUCUACAAGAUUUUGGUUCCCAUGUGUUGAUUCAUACUCUGAGUUGUGUACAUGGAAAUUAGAAUUUACAGUAGAUGCUGCAAUGGUAGCCGUGUCCAGUGGAGAUUUGGUGGAGACAGUGUACACCCAUGACAUGAGGAAGAAGACUUUCCAUUACAUGCUUACUAUUCCUACAGCAGCACCCAAUAUCUCCUUGGCCAUUGGACCUUUUGAAAUAAUUUUAGACCCAUAUAUGCAUGAGGUGAGUUACACAUUUUGUUUGCCCCAGCUUCUUCCAUUACUCAAACAUACCACGUCAUUCCUUCACGAAGUUUUUGAAUUUUAUGAAGAAAUUUUGACUUGUCGCUAUCGGUACCCGUACUCUGGUUUUAAGACUGUCUUCAUCGAUGAGGCUUAUGUUGAGGUGGCUGCUUAUACUUCUAUGAGUAUUUUCAGCACAAACCUUCUGCACAGUGCCAUGAUUAUAGAUGAGACGCCCCUGACCAGGCGGUGCCUAGCGCAGUCGUUAGCGCAGCAGUUCUUUGGAUGCUUCAUAUCGAGAAUGUCUUGCCCCUCAUAUCACCACCUUCACUUUUCAAUCAAGCGUCCGCAUACACUGUCCUGGGAAUACUACACUAUGUUUCAAUGUAAAGCUCACCUCGUGAUGAGACUGAUUGAAAACAGAAUCAGCAUGGAAUUUAUGCUACAAGUUUUCAAUAAACUACUAAGCCUGGCCAGUACUGCUUCGUCUCAGAAGUUCCAGUCGCACAUGUGGAGUCAGAUGCUGGUUUCCACCUAUGGGUUUUUGAAGUCCAUUUCCAAUGUCUCUGGCAAAGACAUGCAGCCCUUAAGAAAGCAGUGGGUGGACCAGAGUGGAGUAGUAAAAUUUUACAGAAGUUUUGAGUUUAAUAGAAAACGAAAUGUUUUAGAACUAGAAAUAAAACAAGAUUAUACAUCUCCUGGAACUCAGAAGUACGUGGGACCACUUAAAGUAACAGUGCAAGAGUUAGACGGAUCCUUCAACCAUACCUUGCAAAUUGAAGAAAACAGCCUUAAACACGAUAUACCCUGCCACUCUAAAAGCAGAAGGAAUAAGAAGAAAAAAAUCCCACUGAUGAAUGGGGAAGAAGUUGACAUGGCUCUUUCUGCAACGGACGCUGAUUCCCCUUUGCUAUGGAUAAGGAUAGAACCGGAUAUGUCAAUCCUGAGGAAGGUGGAAUUUGAGCAGGCUGAUUUUAUGUGGCAGUAUGAGCUUGGCUAUGAAAGAGAUGUCAUUGCUCAGCAGUAAUCUAUCCUGGCCUUGGAAAAAUUCCCCACCCCGCCAGCAUCAUGUCUCUCACUCACUGAUAUUCUAGAACAAGAGCAGUGUUUCUACCCAGUGAGGAUGUGCUGCUUCUGUCUUGCGAAGGUGAGGAAUACAAUGGUGAGCACAUGGACAGGACCACCAGCCAUGAAGUCUCUCUUCACUAGAAUGUUUUGUUGUAAAACUUGUCCAAACAUCGUGAAAACAAACAAGUUCAUGAGUUUUCAGAGGUGUAUUGUGGACUGGAGUUGUGAAGAACUUCAGUGGCUACUUAAUAUGAUUCAGACUGACCCUGUUCCAUAUGUAAGGUAUAAGAUUCUAAACAUGUUGACUAAGAAUCCACCAUUUACAAAGAACAUGGAGUCUCCCUUAUGCAAUGAAGCCCUAGUAGAUGUAGAUCAACUAUGGAAACUAAUAAAUUCUGGUACUGCACAUGACUGGAGGUUACGGUGUGGUGCUGUGGACUUGUACUUCACUCUUUGGCCUCAGUAGACUUUCUGUUUACCCUUGCCAGAACUCGGGCUUGUCCUCAAUCUAAAAGAGAAAAAAGCCGUCUUGAAUCCUACCAUAAUUCCAGAAGCCGGAGCAGGCAACCAGGAAUCCUCGAGUAACCCAGGCUCUCAUGCUCAGCUCGCUGGAUUUCAGAACCCUUUUUCAAGUUCUCAAGAUGAGGAGGAGGUUGAUAUGGAUACUGUUCAUGACAGUCAGGCCUUCAUUUCCCAUCAUCUGAACAUGCUUGAAAGGCCAUCUACUCCAGGGCUUUCUAAAUAUCGCCCAUCGAGCUCCAGGUCUUCCUUAAUGCCCUAGCACUCAUUAGGCUGUGACAUCAUACCAACUACAAAACCCCAGUGGACUAUGGAACUGUCCCAAAAGGGAAUAGGUAAGGAGCAGCCUUUGGAGAUGAGUGUGCAUUGCAUGGGAGCAGCUCCGCUCUCGAUGUUUGGUAAGGAGUCUACGUCCUCUAGACACAGCAAUCAUCAUCACCAUGAGCACAAGAAGAAGAAGCACAAGCACAAACACAAGCACAAACACAAGCACGACAGCAAAGACAAGGACAAGGAGCCCUUUGCCUUCUCCAGCCCUGCCAGCGGCAGGUCUGUGCGCUCCCCGUCACUCUUGGACUGAAGCACCUGCCUGCAGAGCCCUUUCCAAAGUCCCGACCAGAAGAAAGUGUUACUGCAGCCUGGUCCUCUACAGCCUGGUCCUCCUCGAUGGAGCAUGAUCCCAGAGGGAAUACAGAGAAACUGAGAGUGCUCUGGAGUUCUGGGCUUCAAUUUCUGUUAUUUGUAUAACUGCGAUCUAAGUAGGAACUGGUUUGUUGUUGUUGUUGUUCUGGAUGAACUCCUCCAUCUCUUGUUUCUUCCUGAAAACACAGAGCGACUACUUUUUAUAAAAGCCUUCAUAGCCACUACAGGCCCGUUCACAUCCUGGUCUCCUGUGGAACACCUAGGUCAGGUAUGAUUGAAAGCCUUUGAUGGAUGUCAUGGGCAGAAAGACAUUUCAACAGAAGCAACUGCCAGAUCUGUAGUACCCUGUGUUUUCAUGAAGUGCUGAGUAACACCACUCGGAAUUGCUGGAAAGACAGGCUUUUCUAUAGAACUCAUCCCUCUUGGCUGCUUUCUGUGUUAGCCAUAGAAAGUAAGUACCGUCAUUUAUGAGCAAAGACUCAUAUUUCCUUUUACCCUACAGUCCAAAAGUUUUGAAAAAAAUUAUUUUUAAAAACAUUUAACAUAACUAUCUUUUGAUAGUGCAUUUGGUGACUUUGAUGUUGCAAUUUAGCAGAACAGCCAGGUCCACCAUUAUUCUCAAAUCAAGAUGUUGAAAUGACAUUUUUUUUUGUUUUCCAUUAAGUACAAGUGAAUGUGUUCAUAUGUAAAAUACGUGUUGCUGAAUGUGGACAGUGUAUACUCGUAACAUGCACUCUUUCUAAAAUUCCUCUGGAUAUCAGGCUGCCUGGUGCUGCUUGCCUGUAGUCCCAGCAUUUGAGAGAUAGGAGGAGGAGGAUCAGUUAAGACCAGCCUGAGACACAUGAGGAUCUGUAUCAAAAAAGCAGAACCACAAAAAUCACUGUAGAUGACAAAAUAGGAUGCUUUAAGAAGGUGUGACUAUUUGUUGUUCAUCAGCUUGGACAGAGGUAAUUUGGCCCAUGUUGGAGUAUACCAGCAACAGUUUAAAAAUACAUGUGCAGUGUUUUGGUUUCAUAUUUAACAGUUUGUAUGAUUCUGUGUUUUAUUUUGUUAUUUUUUGUUUUUCUGAAUUUAAUCAGGUUCUCUGUUUAAUUUUUUUUUCAUAUCUGGUUUUUAUCAUUUCCCUUGUUACUAAAAUGUUUAACUAAAUUCUUGCUCUCAGAAUAAAUAUUUCAAAAGGGAGCCAAUAAUGCUGGACUUUGAAAUAAUAAAUAACUUUCUGAGUUGAACAUUC